AUGAGGUGGAGGCGAUGUGGAGCAGAGCAGUGCCAGCGGGGCAACACAGGCUCUCGCCAGAGGCCUCACGCCGGCCAUCGAUCGCCGCCGUCGACGUCGUCGUCGGAGGCCUGGAUUCUGAAGACCGACGACGACGACGACGACGACCUCGUGUGCUUCCGCUUCUUUUCGAUUUUCAAGUCGAUGCCUCUUCAAUUUGGAGCACUCACGAGAUUGUUCGGCUUCAGCUUGAACUCGGUUCAAAUCCUUUUCUUGAACUUUGGCACUUUCUUUCUUUGGAUUUUGAUUAGAGUUCCUUUCUUCUAA